CAAUCAAACUAAACGGUAAAACGAGUGAAUGUACCAUAAAAGUGACUACAGAACAUAAUUAGUUCUCUAUGUCGAUCUCGAGCGCUCUCCAUUGCACCAUUCUGUCCAGCUUCUGUCGUUGGAUUUGUCGUCCAUGAAUAUGUGUUGCAUUCCUUAGAAGAAAUGUAUUGCAUUAUUUAUUUUCUCCUAAAAUAAAAGUCAAAACGUGUAUUAACUUCAGUUGUUAACGUUUUCUGCCCGACUGGUGCUCGGUCGCGCAAGAAUAGACGUCGACGUAAUCUUUUUUUCGAGAGUAGUAGUUCGGCAUCAGUCCCCCACCACAUCGUGGUGAGGUGUGGUCUUCAGCCAUUUUUUGGAAGAAUUUUCUUCUCGAUUAAGUAAAACAGGAGGGUCUCCAGUCACAUUUGACAGAAAGCUGGAACACACAUUCUCCAUUGCCUUUCAACUUACAGGCAUAUCUCUAUGGACCGGUUUACCCGGCUAAUCCAGCUUAUUUGUGGAAAUUGUCAAUUUUCCAGCAGUGCAACCAAUUCAGAUUUCAUGGCUGCAAUCAGAAAGAAACUUGUGAUAGUAGGAGAUGGUGCAUGUGGUAAAACUUGCCUUCUCAUUGUAUUCAGCAAGGAUCAGUUUCCUGAAGUAUAUGUCCCAACUGUGUUUGAAAAUUAUGUUGCUGAUAUAGAAGUGGAUGGAAAACAAGUUGAGCUAGCACUAUGGGAUACAGCUGGUCAGGAAGAUUAUGAUCGUCUCCGGCCAUUGUCAUAUCCUGACACAGAUGUUAUACUCAUGUGUUUCUCCAUUGACUCUCCAGAUUCUUUGGAGAACAUUCCAGAAAAAUGGACACCCGAAGUUAAACAUUUCUGCCCAAAUGUCCCAAUUAUUCUUGUGGGAAAUAAGAAGGACUUGCGAAAUGAUCCAAACACAAUUAAAGAGUUGGGGAAAAUGAAACAAGAACCAGUGAAACCAGAAGAAGGUAGAGCUAUGGCAGAAAAAAUUAAUGCUUUUGCUUACCUGGAAUGCUCUGCAAAAAGUAAGGAAGGUGUACGUGAAGUGUUUGAAACUGCAACUAGAGCUGCUUUGCAGGUCAAGAAGAAGAAGAAAGGCAGAUGUCGGCUGUUGUAAAUGACUGAAGUUAGAGUUGCUAACUGAUCCACAGAUGCGCAUCUUCAUUGAUUUUCUGAAAUGAAUACUUCAACUGAAAUGAUAUUUAGGUAUCAGCUGUUGCUACAGCCUAAUCUUUAAAUCUUCAUUCAUUGUGGAAUCAGUACUGUGUUGAUUCAUGUGCAUAAUAUACACUUUCCUGACAUGCUCUAGCUUUUAAAUACCAUACAGUUUCUGGCUGGAGUUGUUUGUUUAGGCAUGUAUUGUCACGGUGUUAGGUCUUUGUGGGCAUCCUGUUUCUGAAAAGUAUCAGGACUGUUUUCAUAGGCUCACAAUCAGUUCAUUUUCCUCGAUUUUUUAAUACCGACCAAGGCGCUGUCAUUUAUGUAGAUGUUAUUGAGUGUGUUUGUAUUUUAUAUAUUAUUUUAUUUGAUUAUGAACUAUAUUUUACUUUAUUCAUAAAAUAUUCUGAAAAAAUAUGCAUGAACUUCUUUUGAAGAUUCUUCUACUCUGCUAAUAUUACAAAUAGAAUUUCAUAUUUUUAAGAGUUACGUGUAUGCAGGGAUGCUCCUGACAAAUUGGUAUCAACUAAAACGUCCAGGUGCCUCUAAUUAAUUAUAAUCAUGUAAGUCUUUGUAUUUAUGUAUCUAUCAUAUGAAACUGAAUUCAGUUAUAAGGAACCAAAUGAUUUUUUGAAACUCAAGCCAUAGACCUUUGUAAUGAAUGAUGAGUGGGGUUUCCCUUCAUAUUGUAGGGAAAGAAGAGUGAAACAUGUUGGUGGGAAUUUGUAGUUGAUCCCAUUUUCAUAUUCUCUGUAUUCAAGGAAUACUAAAUAUUAUUUGCCUCAGCAUGAUUUAUUAUUGUAUAGAUUGCUUUCUGCCAAAUGCUUCAUUUGUCCUGGAUCUUUUUGGGGAUCUGAUUUUUGUGUACAAAAUGUGUAAAUUUCAAAGAAAAAAAAAAUGCUGCAAUGAGAGAUUUGUAUCUUACGAAGGAGCUAAUUUUGUGUCCUGAAGUGAAGAUGGGAAGUUAUUUUUUUAUCCAAUGUAUAAAUAUCUGAUAUACUUUAAUGAAUACUGUGCAUCAUUUUAACCUUUUUCCUUUUUUUCAUACAAAGCAUGAUAUGAAACUUUCCUUUUUCUUGGAUUAAGGUAGUUUUUAUGGAUAUCUACAACUCACAUGAGCAAACUUCCAAAGAUGCUGCUAUGGCAAAAAAGCAUCUAUUCCAACAGAGUAUUUGUAUUUACAGUUAGCAAUAUAUGUCUGUUACUACUUAUUUCUACACACUGUCCGUUGAUAUUUCAUGUCCUAAUUUCCUAAAUGUUUGAGUUUGUUAAAAUAAUACAUUUAUAAAUUUUGUCAUAAACCAUUGUAACAGGCAACUACCUUUCAUCUUAAAACUACUUGUAAUGUGCAUUCAUUCUUACUGCUGGUAUUUUGCCAUUUAUAUAUUAGAAAACUUAAUAUAAAUGCUGAACUUUUGUACUGAGUUAUAGCAUAGGCAUUUAUGCCAUGAUGUGAGUUCUCUUUUUUCAGUCUUCCGUGCCCAACUGCAUUGAAUAUAACCAUUGUGACAGAAUAACAUUAAGUUUUGCUCUCACUUUGGAAUCAAAACAAUGAAUACCCUGAGCUAAAUUGAAUAUUGUAUUAAAUGUGGAUUUGUUUUGAAAAUGUUAAUAAAACAAAAUUUCUUGUGAAUUUUGCCAUACUUUUGUCUUGUAAAUCACACACACGCAUUCUUUAGAAAUAUUGAAUGACAGUUAUGAAAGUCAAGAACCAAAAGAGUUUUUUAGUUUCAAGAAUCGGAGCAAUAAUGAAAUUGGUUGCUAUAAAGCCUAUUGAUGUUUCAAUUAUUGUACUUGAUACCUUUGUUCUUUUUUGCCCACUAAUUUCAUGAGAACUUUCAUUCUGCCAACAAUCCCAAGGAUACCUGAUUUUCUAUUAAUCUGUAAUAAUAAAUUUUUGUUUAAAAUGUAAUAUACUUAAUACAUAAAUAAUAAAUUCAAUUUUAUAUCUUGAUAUGUUAAUACUAUAAGUAUUAUUAAAGAAAUCAAUUAAUGAUAAACAAUUUCAUAAUAACAAUAAGGAUGAUUUUUCCCUUCACUAAUUGUAUCAUUCAAAUUAAAUUGGAGCAUUGUUAUUUUUUGGCAUUGUAUUUUUCAUUGUUUUAUCUAUAAAUUUAUAAAAGCAGUGAUCUAAAAAGGGAAUGAUUAAUUGUUGAUUUGUCAGUGUUUUAUAGUUUAUAAUAGUACUUUGGUUGAUAAUUAAUUAAAAAAAAUAUUAAUCUUCCUCCUGCUUGACCACAAAGCAACAUAAUUUGUAAUAGUUUUUAUAUCUACCAUAAGUGUAAGAAAUUUCAUGGUAUAAUUAUCAGCAGAGUCAAAAUUUAGACCUUCAUAGUUUAUGGCAAAACUUUUACGAAGAUAAAUCUCAGAGUGCUUAUGGCAGUGGUUUGGAAUCCCAAAGGUAACAUUACUACUACCUGUUUCCAAAUGGGCAAAUGUGCUAUUUGAACAUUGUUUUUUAUUGCACAAAGUACAGGUUUUUUUAAAAGAUACUGUCUUAAACACUGCAAGUGGAUUAUCCAGCAUUACUUCUUUGUGAUCUAAAUGGCUAUAUUCAGAUAUUCAAGAGAUGUUAAUGUUGAAAGUUUCGAACAUGCAGUAUGAGCUGAAAUGAGACAUACAAAAGUGUAAUAAUAAAAAUUGGGAAGAACAAGAUUAAUAGAAAAGUGAGUUUUCACUGAAGUUGAUAGCAAUUUCCGGUAAUAUUAAGAGUGCUUUUAGUCAGGUUUGUAGAUCAACAUUUAUUAAUUACGUGAUCUCAAAACUGUGCUUGCCAGGAAGGUGAAGGACCUUAUUCUUUUGAUUAUUCAACAGUAGAUCUUCUCCCCCAUCUCAUGUACA